CAGGCAGGCACCGGGCUGCGGGCCAAGCCGGGCCCCGGGAUGCCUUUGCCAGCCUGAUGCGUGAGAAAAAAAUAAGGUGGGAAAGGAAAAUCCAAAAGAACCCAGACUCCAGUAGACAUGGGAUCGUCCUGGAACUAGAAGGAAUCAGGUCACAAACUUUGACUUGCCACAAAAAUGCUUUCAGAACAGACAACAGCCCUGGGGACAGGAUGGGAGUCAAUGAAUGUACAACUGGAUGGAGCAGCGCCCCAUGAAGAAAGGGGAAGCCUGGAAGAAGGGACAUGGAGAACUGCACCAGGGCCACUGGAGCACCCGUGUCACAACCUUGAAGAGGAGCCACAGUCCCUUCAAGAGAAAACUCAGUCUGCUCCCUGGGUUCCUGCAAUUCCCCAGGAGGGGAGCACCGGAGACUGGGAAAUGGCAGCUGCACUUCUUGCAGCCGGAUCACAGGGCCUGGUAACCAUCAAGGAUGUGUCACUGUGCUUCUCUCAGGAGGAGUGGCGGAGCCUGGACCCCUCUCAGACAGACUUUUAUGGAGAAUAUGUCAUGCAGGAAAAUUGUGGAAUAGUAGUCUCUCUGAGAUUUCCAAUUCCCAAACUGGACAUGCUUUCUCAACUAGAAGGAGGAGAAGAGCAAUGGGUCCCUGAUCCCCAGGACUUAGAGGAGCGAGAUAUACUGAAGGUCACAUACACUGGAGAUGGAAGUGAACAUGAGGGGGAUACCCCUGAACUAGAAGCAGAGCCCCCGAGAAUGCUGUCCAGUGUGUCUGAAGAUACUGUUCUCUGGAACCCGGAGGAGAAUGAGAGCUGGGAAUCCACACCCAGGAGCUCUAGAGGAAUGCUCCUGGGCCCCCCUUUCCUCCAGGAAGAGAGCUUCUCAAACCUUUUGUGCAGCACAGAGAUGGAUUCCCUGUUAAGACCCCAUACUUGCCCUCAGUGUGGGAAACAGUUUGUGUGGGGUUCCCACCUUGCCAGGCAUCAGCAAACACACACCGGAGAGAGACCUUAUAGCUGCCUCAAGUGUGAGAAAAGCUUUGGGCGAAGACAUCAUCUGAUCAGGCAUCAGAAAACCCACCUUCACGACAAGCCCAGCAGGUGCUCUGAGUGUGGAAAGAAUUUCCGAUGCAGUGCCCAUCUGGCCAGCCACCAGAGAGUGCAUGCAGAAGGCAAAUCCUGUAAGGGCCAAGAGGAUGAAGAGGGCCCCGGGGCUCGGAAACGGCAGCGCGCCCCCCCAGUGCCAAAAUGUCACGUGUGCACAGAAUGUGGGAAGAGCUUUGGCCGAAGGCAUCACCUCGUGAGACACUGGCUGACUCAUACUGGGGAGAAACCCUUCCAGUGUCCUCGCUGUGAGAAGAGCUUUGGCCGGAAGCACCACCUGGACAGGCACCUGCUGACCCACCAGGGACAAAGUCCCCGGAGCACUUGGGACAGAGGGGCAUCUGUCUUUUGAAAUGUGCUUCCGCUGCAGCUAUGAUCAAGUCUUACCAGCCGGUGCUACCAGUAGUCACUGCCAGGGCUGCCCCUCUCCUGUAUUCCCAUGGCCAGAUUUGUGAGCUCUGACCCUAUGUGUAGAGGGUGAUGUGCCAGCAGUGGAUAGAGCACUUCUCACCAGUUCUGUGAGCUGACCAUAAAAAACAGAGUUCUUUGGACAAAAUGUUGGGAAACUAUGCAUACUACAGGGGCUAUUGUUUGACCUGAGCCUAUUAUCAAGGGUUCAGUGAAGCCAGCAGAUAGGGGCUGAGGUCCAUUCUUAUUGGCUGAAGUCUAUGUCAUACGGGUGGUUAAAUAUUUUGUAUAUCACCCUUUUCUAAUAAUUAUAAUUAUACCCUCUCUAUAUACAAUGGGUAUAUAGAGAAAAUCCAUUUAACAUAGCAGAGGCUCUGAGAACACCUGCAGCAAACUGCUUAGCGUCUAUUAAUGCAGUGUUUGCUAAAUUUACCUGGCCUCCGUGUCCUUUCUGUUUCGUGUCCCACAGAACUGGUGACUUCAUAAAUAUAUUCCAUUGAACACUGGAUUAGAAAGUAAUGAGGAAACAGGAAAGAGAUAACGAUCAGAGCCCCCAUUUUUAUCCACAUGGAAGUUGGGGCAGAUGUUAUUCCUGUGUGGGUCCGUCAUCCCUCUCCCAUCAUAUACAGGAUACCUCUCACCCCUACCUGCUUACAAACCAAAACCAAAACCAGUGAUAGUUCACUCCCUUUUUCCUAUUCCCUUCAGCACAUACAGGUAUCAUCAUGUGACAGUAUUCAAAGAUGGACCCUCUACAUCCAAGUAAUCCAGGCCCACACAGAUGAAAAACCUUACCCCCUUGAACAGACCCCUCUCCUCUAGUCUGUCUUUAUGUGUCUGUGUAUACGUGUGCAGGAUCUUUGAAGAGAGCAUGCUCAGUGAAAACUGUACAAGCUAGAUUUUCUUGGGGUUGUGUUCUAGGGAUGAGGUAGUAGGGCUUGUGUGUGUGGUUUUUGUUUCCUUUCAAGAUAGGAAGUAAUCUGCGUGAUUAAAGAGGCCCCUAAGUAGAAAUGGUCAAAUGAUGAGUUGUGUACAAAGUUUUCUCUAGUAUUUCUCAGAUGCAGACAAUUGUGGACUUAUGUGUCAAAGUCUGAAUCUCUGGGCUGACAAUUGUUACCUGGGGGGGGAGAGAGAAAGAAAAGUUCAAUGAGGUAAGCUGUGUCUUGUGGAUUUCGGGCAAGGUGCAUAUAUAGGUUUGUGCUGAGUGAGGUUUUCAGUCUUGUCUUGUUUUAAGUGCUGGGAAAUUAGGACAGGAGUAACAGUGUUUGGAACUUGUUAUCAUACUAUACUCUUGUUUGGAUUUGGUUCUUUCUAUGGGGGAAGAGUUAUUUUUGAGGAUCUCAUUCUCUGAGAGUUUGAACUUGAAGGGAAAAGGCUGUUGGCUUCGUUUAUCAGCUGAUGCAGGGCAAUAAGCUUUCUGACUAGUUUCCCACCCAAUUCUGGGAAACUGUUCACACCAAGAUUCUUAAGUAUAAGGCAUCUUAUACUGGGGCUGAUAGAAGUAUUCUGGCAUCUUGUUAGUUGAUAAGUAGAUUAUUAUUUCUAUUUAUUGAUGAUUUUAAAUCUUAGGAUUUAAAAUCCAUCUUGUAUAGAAGAACAGUUUGGGACUAGGGAAUAAGAGAAGCAAAGAGGAUAAAAAUGGAAUUUUUUCUCUUUAGAUUCUUGUAUUUUCCCUAAGACACUUAUGUCGCAAACGCAAUUGAAGGAAUUAGCCAGAAAUGCAAGAGGAAGUGAAUUGCAUGAAUCUCCUUUAUUGACUGUUUCAUAUACUCAGGAAUAACUGGGUGAAUCACAGCUUCUCAGAAUUCUGGGCUCAAAUGGAAUAGAAAAUGUGUUCAUGUUGCUAACUGUGCUUUUUUCUUCUAGUAGUCCAGCUCCUACCUCCCUCCAGCUAUGGAGAGCAGCCUGCAAUGCACUUGGCCUGGGAUGUGUUUCUCUGGCCAGCCCUUUGCAAGCUGACUUUACCCUAGGUUCCAGAGACAGUGUUUUAGGAUCAGUAUUAUGAGAUGUCUAGGGGAAUAAGUAAAUAUUGGAUUUCAGUGUUAAAACUGAAAACAGCAUUAUACCAUUUGUUUUAUUAUCCUGCCUUAAUACAGAUCAGCUCUGUAUUAGGCUAUGUAUAACAAUGUUUUGGGUCACAGUCCCAUUUGAAAAUAUGAAAAAAACCUGAAACCCACUGUCUUUUUUUCCCGUUA